AUUAUUAGUGCGGGAUUUUUGUCUUAAUUGUGUGAUUAAUUAAAAGUUUUGUGCAUAAUGAAGUUUAACAUGAAAUUUUGUAUUUUAUUGCUUUGCUUGAUGGCAUUCAUGGAAAAUCAUGCUUUUACACAGUCUCCCAAGAAAUUGCUUGAUGAAGUUGCUAUACCACUUGCCAAUACGCUAUUGCCAGUCUUAGCCAUACCACCACCUGCUGGACCAUUAAUGUUUGCUGGCAUAGGAUUAUUGCAAAUAUGUUCUAACAUAAUAGGUAACCUAAAACCUCCAGAGGAAACCAAAGUACCAGUAGUUGAAAAACCACUGACAAAAAUUGACCUAAUGCAAGCUCGAAUGGCUUUACUCGAUCAAGUCAAAACUGUCGACGUUCACUUGCUUCAACAAUCCGAGAAAAUUAUUCGUGAACUUACUAUGGCUAUUGAGUCUAAUGGCAUUUUCGAGAGAAUGCGGUUAACACUUGAUUAUUUUCAAAGGUUGUUUGUCCAUAGAAUGUCAGCUAUUAUUAAUCCUAAAAUAACUGGAAUACAAAAACGGUAUACCAUACAGGAUAUGCUUAGUUUUGGCAGUGAAUAUAGAACAAAGUUAAGUUCGUUUAUCAAUGAAUUUAUUAAGCCAAACGUAAAUGGUCUUCUAAUAUUGAAGCCAACGAAACUAUUCUUCGAACAUAUUUUGGAAAAGGAACAUUACUUGGCUGAAGAGAAUGACGACUGCAGUUCAGAUCCACUACACAGCAAAAUCUAUAAAUCUUUUGUGUACAUUCUCAAAACUUUUACUGAAGCUUAUCUUAUGGCUAUAUCAGCUCAUGUUGUACAAUAUCAAGAAGAUUUUAACCAAGGCAGAUUUUCAGAAGCCGAAGAAAUCAGAGAAAAUGCAGUCUUACUCCUUGAAGAAUUCAAAAGAGAUUCAAAAAUAUUGAUUGGAACUACUAAAUUGGCGCUAGAAAAUGCAUCUCGGGAAAUUCGAAACUGUGGACAAAUCAGUUUAUUAGAAGGAAAGACUUUUGAGCAUAUAUCAUUUAGCCACAUGGUUCCAAAAAUUGCAUACUAUGAAUAUAUCGAUGUUUUCUUAUAUAAAUGUAAAAAAGAGCAAUUUAUAAAUUUAACAAAUUAUGACAUUAGUAUGUGCAGUCCUUAUACGGAAGAUAUUCCAUUCGGUUCAGAAUUAACUAUUCAACUCAAUAUGCAUAAUGGCAAUAAACAUCCAUUUUCUUAUAUGAAUGUUAAAAAACCAGAUAACACAGAACAAAUGUUUGGACAUUAUAUUAGAAAGAUGACAGUUAGUAAUUCUUUUAAAACACAUCCAGAUUGCUACACAACUUUCUGUCAUGCGACCAAGAAAAAUUCGUAUGCAAUUUCUACUCAACGCGUGAGUGCCUUGCCUGGAAAUGUCAUCACUGGCCUUCGAUUUAGAGUGAAAAAUAAAGUCAUCUAUAUUGAUAUUCAACAAGGAACGUACAUUGACAUCCUCACAGUUGACCCUCAAACAGUCUUUUGGACGGAAACUCCGGAGUCCGAUCAGAUAAUAUACUUAGGGGCUAACGUAAGGAAACUAGAAUUGGGAAACUUCGAAUUGAAGAACAAUAGCUUAUUAACAUCUCUUAAACUCCACAACUCAAUACUCAGAAAAGGAUUGAUAAAAGUAUCAAUUGAUGGACUUACCCCUCCACAUAUGAACAAUACCGAAUCAGUGAAUUAUGAAAACAACGAACUUGAAUUAAAUGAACUUCACCUCAUUGAAGCUGAUAAUCCCGAGGAAAUAGGAAAUUUCAGCAUUAAAAACAUAAUUUCAAAACCUCCUGUUCCUAAUCAACGUUACUAUGUAACAUUCCAACCGUCGGAUUUCAAAAAAGAUUUCGGUCAAACAACCAUUCCACUAUUGGACAUCAGAGAAGUUGUGUCCAAUCCACCAGCACCAUUGAAUGGUUUUGGAUUUUAUCAUCAAUCUGUCAAUGGAUCAGGUGGAUUUAUUGGAAUUAAAUUGAUUACACCAAAAUUGACUGAUCGAGUCGAUUUAUUUUAGUAAUUGAUUAACAUAUUUGAUUUGUAUUAUUUAAGGUUAGAAUAUAGACUGAUUUAAUAAUAUUAAUAGUAAUUUAAAUUUAAAAUAACUUUUCUUUAUUCAUUUUUAAAACUCGUAGUUUCACAAGAUUUCAAGGACUAAAAAAUGAAACUUUAUCAGAAUAUAAUAAACCAAAUUUUUGUUAUCGAGGGCCUCCAGGCUAGAAGUAGAUUAUAAGUAAUAGUCUGGUAGCCCUCGUAAAUUUUAGAUGAUUGUUCAUUAGAACUAUCGAUGAUGAUUGUUGGAUCAAUUUUAUUUGAAUCUUUUUGUGGAAUGACUUAUGGGUUUACAUCUAAGCUUUCUUAGAAAGUUUGAAACACAAAAACAAAAUAUUUAAAAUGGAUCUAUUAGUAGGUUAUCUCUCGUUGUCUUGUUUAUUUUAAAAGGGCUGCAUACCGCCUUAAAGGGGCUUUAAAAACUUUUAUAUGACACUAAUUAGAUUUGAGUAAAACUUGUCAUUAAAGUCAAAAUGAUGUAAGUUUUAACAUAUCCUGAAUAACUCUAUAAAAAUAAAUACAUAAGUAUUAAAACAUUAUCUUUGGAAAACUACAAGAUCACAUCCUUAUUAUUAAUUUACGUUAUAAAUUG